AUGGCAUACAACUAUCUGCAAGAUCCAGUGCUUUUCAACCAAGGGCCACAAGUGGUGAGUCACCAUACACAUUCACAAUCCAUGAACUUACUACCUUCUCUAAGCCAUCCUGCUCACCACCGUCACAAUACUUAUUCCCAGCAGCAAAUGAUGUCUAUGAUGCCAAUACAACAGAACGCUAUAUAUCAACCGGUUAUGCCACUCGAUCAAACACAGAUGCACAUACCCAAGAUGAUAGUACAGGAUCAAUUUCUACCACCACAACCACAACCACAACCACCUCAAGAACAAGUGAACGGUGGUGUGAGUCACGUCCUAGAUUAUGACGUUGAGAUCAUGACACAGUUUGUGAUGAAGAACGCGUUCUUUGCUUUCCGCACUCCGGUCAACGACAACAUCAACAAUACAACCUUGUUCACUAAAGGUAUAAUAUCGGUCCUUAAUGCUACCAGACUACCUUCAGUGACAAUUUAUCUAGCUAUAGACUACUUGUUCAAGUACAUCAACAAGCUAGCAGAUGGCCCAAACACGAUAGGCGGUAACUCAAUAAAUGUCAUCUAUCAGAAUACAAUGAUUGCUUUCAUACUCGCAAACAAGUUCAAUGAUGAUAAGACAUUUACAAACAAAUCAUGGUCGCAAGCUACAGGGAUGUCUAUCAAAAUUAUCAAUGACUAUGAAAGAGACUGGCUGAAGACGUUUGAGUGGAAACUAUUCGAUGACAAGUUCAUUCUGUACCCAGAGUUUGUGGCUGCUUACAAAUUAUUUGAAGAGGAGACUCGUAGAGACCAAUACGAAUUACAACAACAACAACAGCAACAGUCACCUAUGCUGCAACCAAAGCCUUCCUCAACAAACAACUACUUACCUCCAUCGAUUGGCACGAGUACAUACGAAUUCGGUUACCAGACACCAUUAACCAUGUACUCCUCACCAACUAACUUCUUUUACCAAAGCAUGCCUUCCAAGAAUGAUUACGGUAAUGAGGUAGAUCCAUACCAACAAAAUUAUAUUCCACCAGCAAUGCCAUUGGUCUCGCCAUUGUCAGAUGUAGGACGCGUAUCUGCUAGAGAUGAGUUUGCUGACAAUUCAUUUGAUUACGAUUUCUACAACUUUGGAACGAACCAGACUAAUAAUACCAUGAAUUAUAAAGUUAAUUCUAAAGGCAAUUUACAACCAUCUCAAGCCUUUUUCAGUAAUGCAGAUGGGUACCAUAUGAAUCAACCUUACUAUCAACAAAACUCUGACAUUACCACAUUAAACAUGAUGCUUCAACAUCAACAAUACAAUAAGCCAUUGUACAGUAGCAACCUAAAUCAAAACUGUUUCCCAUACUCAGCUGUAUAUUAG